UCUCACUUGACUAACAACUGCUCGGGAAGUGGCGGGAUAGACUUGUCUACCCUUCAUGGUUUAUAUGACUAUUUGGUGCUCUGUCUCUGUUUAGUCUAUGUGAAAUAACGGUUCCAAGGAUACAAUCUACAGUCGGAUAGCCUAACGUUCUGGGACCACGGGCGCCAAAAUAAACUUGAUUCUGUCCAUUUGUUCCGCACUCAAUGCAAGUGAUCUACAAAUGGUAGGUACGAUUGUUUCGAGUAGCAGCCAGAGGAGACGAUUAUAAUUGAUGUUCUUAUCGAGAGACAGUGGAAUAUUUUAGCAGUGGGGGGACGAGAAAGAGACGAACGGCAUUCCCAGACUGGACUCCUAAGGGGCUUCUAAAUGCGUCUUCUUGUCGACCCACCGAGAACAAUGAAUAGUGGUUCUAGCAACUUUCUGCUAGUUCCAAUACCGGAGUAUCCCAUUAUAGACUGCGUGCCCAACAAAAACGUUAAGAUCGUGGUUUUAGGAGCGAGCAACGUCGGGAAAACAGCGUUGAUAGUCAGGUUUCUGACCAAGAGGUUCAUCGGGGACUAUGAGGCAAACACGGGGGCCCUUUACUCCAGAAAGAUAAAUCUAGAUGGAGAACAGGUCUCACUGCAGGUUCAGGACACACCCUGUGUCUCUCUACAGGACGAUGCAGAGGGACUAUAUUGUCAGGAGCAGAUCAACAGGUCUAUCUACUGGGCGGAUGGAUACGUUCUGGUGUUCUCCAUUACCGACCACAGCAGUUAUAGAACCAUACAGCCUCUUUACCAGCACGUCAGACGCAUCCACCCUGCAGGGAACAUACCUGUUAUACUAGUGGGCAACAAGAAUGACCUCCUCCGUGCCCGCCAGGUGCCGGCUGACGAGGGCGAGACGUUGGCAGCCUCUCUGGGUGGGCCGUACUUUGAGGCGUCUGCCAGGGAGAACCACGAGGGGGUCCACGCCGCCUUCCUGCACCUCUGUGGCGAGGUGAGCCGGGCGCUGGGCGGGGGUAACGGGGAGAAGAGGAGAGGGGGGCUGCACCUGGCCCGGCCCAAGUCACCCAACAUGCAGGAGCUGAAGAGGAGGUUUCGACAGGUGCUCUCCUCUAAGGGGAAGUCUUCCACUAACACCCUGUGAUGAUGAUGAUGAUGAUGAUGAUGAGAAAAUACUAUUUUUUUUAGUUCGAAAGGUUCUGGUUCCGGAAUUGGAAUUCUGGAUUGAGCCCAGUUGACUCUCCUGUGAUGUCAUUUCAUUGGAACAGUGAGAAGAGAGAAACAGUUCUGGAUUGUAUUUAUUUGGAUUGGAAUGGAACAUUAAGAUAAAGAGGUGUAUAUAUUCCCCUUGUGGAAGGAAUGACACAGAGACAGCAAGACUUCCAACAGAGUGCUACGUGGUAUGUCAUGUCACAAGCCUUUCUGACCAUCCAACCAAUGGUGACAGAGGAGACUGAAAUACUGACUUUGACUGACAAGCCUAACGGACCAAUCAUAGGCUACUCUGAGAUUGCUAUUCGUACUGAGCUGUCAUGCAGUAUCCUACUCUCCUUGCUACUGAUACAUCUGAAAAUGUACUGUACCCAGAGGCCAAAAAAAACAAUGUCUGCGUCCAAAUGGCACCCUAUUCCCAAUUUAGUGCACUACUUUCAACCAGGGCCUAAGUAGUGCACUAUGUAGGGAAUGAGUGCGUUUGAGACGUAACCUAUAUAUUUUCAAAAUGAAAAACAUGGACAGGCCAUGGUUAAUUAAAUAUCAUUGCUAAAUAAACGCGUUCAACCACAGUCCUUGACAUAAUAUGAUAUACCAUUUAGCAGACUAUUUUAUCCAAAGCGACUUAGUCAAGCGUGCAUGCAUUUUUAUCUAUGGGUGGUCCCGGGAAUUGAACCCACUACCCUGGCGUUACAAGCGCCAUGCUCUACCAGUUUAGCUACAAAGGACCAUCCUGGUCGGUACUUAUCUGAACCAGCCUGAUUCCCUCUGAAUAGUCCCUAACCACAGAUCUAGGAUCAGCUUACCCUACCAUUAGGAUUAGCACUAGCUGACCAGCGCUUAUAGGGGGAACUUAAGCCAAACCACUGUCAGGCCUAGGGUUGCUGCUUGCAAAAGUCUGCUAACUUUUCUUACAUUUCUGGGUUUUCCAGAAAUCCCGGUUGGAACUUUCCUGGAAUAAGGAGAGAAUCAGCAGGACAUUUGGAAUCCUUCAACCAGGAUUUCUGGAAAACCAGGGUAUUUUGUGAAAAGCUACCGUAAUUUUGCCACCUUAGGCCGGCCCCUUUAGGGAAAGAUAUGUGCAGGCUCCAUUUUCGACGGAUGUAUCUUUCUGGCUGACUUUUUAAUAAGAGGCCAGAGAGGAAGAGACAUGGGCUGUGUUCCAAAUGGUACCCUAUUCCCCAUAUAGUGCACCCAUAGGGUUCUGGUCAAAAGUAGUGGAUUAUAUAAUGAAUAGGGAGCCAUUUGGGACUCAACCAUGGAGAGACAUGUGAAUUUGAGUUCUCAUGACCUUUCACCUCUAUCUGCUGUGUCAGAGUUUUGUGGAACACACCAGAGGUUAGGGAGCGCCCAGUUCCCCCAGACGCCCACGGAUACACACACACACACACACACACACACACAACGACGCCUGGGGCACAGGGUCAGGGUUAGGGUUACUGGGGCACAGUGUUCCACAACACAUUCCUCAGCAUCUGGAAUCUGGUCGUUGCCCCCAACCUCCUCCAUACAGACACACACCCCCCCACAACCUUUUAACCUCUGACCCCUGACCUUUGACCUAUCAAAUUAAUCAGUCUCAGUGUGUGCCAGUAGAAGGAUUCAUUUCACUAUAGUGGCUGAGUAUCGCUUUGCUGGGUCAUGUUCAGUAGGGACAAAAUGGACUUAAACAGGUAUGGACUACCUGGACUUGUCCAAUAAGAAAUACACUUUUCUUUUUUUUCUGCAAAGUGUUUUAAGCCGUUUACCUUUGAGUGCUCUAUUUAACACAACCCUGAUGUUUGAGAUGUAGUUUAGAAAUGCUAAUAAAGAAAUCUGAACUUGUGUGAAGUCAAAAAUGA